GUCGAUGCUCGCUCCCUCGACGCCGACGUCCUCAGCAUCGACAGUGACCACAGCCAGCACCAUUGCUAAGCCUACUUGCUACACGCAGUGACGAACGCCACGACUAAUCACGACUUCACGACCACUCAUGAAUCAAUACCCUGACCACUGGCUCGAGUCUCCUCCCCCGCCUUCCCGUUUCCGCCGCCCAUGGUCGCCUGAUCCGUACGACCCAUUGCCGGCGUCCUCAAACCUGAAUAGACACGACGAGAACCCGUAUCAGUCCGUAGGGCAAUGGGCAGUUGAACGGCGUCGUGAACCGUCUGAUGUGUCUGUGGAGGCACUCGACCUCGCCGACUAUGCAAGAACACUUAACCGCAACAACGCCAAUCACCACUUCUCGCAACAACCACCAUACAAUCCGUACGAUCCUUAUCCUCCGUCCCCUCGAUCGAACCGGCCAUUAGCGAGGAAUGAUUCCCUCAGCCCACCAUCCCUUACCUCCGCUGCCUCCGCUUCCAGCUCCCAGUCUUACCGUUCACCCCUGCGACGGCCGUUCUCGUUGCCACCGCCUUCCUCGUACCCAGGACAUUCUCAUGGCAGUCAUCCAUCUCAGCGGACAAGACACGAGCCACAGAUAGCUAGCCCAAGCUCAGAGAUCGACAUCGCGCACUUCCCGUCCUUCACUCGGGGAUGGUACGCCCCCGACAAUGCCAGCCCCUUCUCUCCUCCUGGUUCCUCACAGGGCCACGGCCACGGCGGGGACGAUCGCACGAAGCGGAACCCAUUCGACCCAAGUUACACCCUCGACAGAGAUCCGUUCUCGGACCCGUACAAUCCAUCUCCCCCGCCCUCCUACCCUUACGGCUCCUCGUUUGGCCCGCACUCGCGUUCCUCACGAGACCACAACCUAGUACCAUGGAGCGCGGACCCUGAUGAGCGCGCCGUCGACCCCGAGAUCAAGGAGGAGCGCAUGCGCAUGUUAGAGCGGGAGUUUGGGAAGAACACAGCGAAGGAUGCUCCGCCAGAGCGGACAGUCGGGAGCGUUGAUCCGCAGGGGAGGCUGAUUACUGAAGGUCCGAAGAAGAGGCUAGCGGUGCGCUGUCUGCAGGUCUUUCUCGCGCUGACUGCUGCAAUAACCUCCAUCUACUCCGGCCUGAUCAUCAAACCUAACCCUGCCGCUCCGCCAGCAGGGAAGCUCCCGGCAUACGUCCUCUACAUCAUGUCUUUCCUGACAUUCAUCGGUUGCUCUUUCUUCUUCCUCAUCUACCCAUGUUGCUGUGGCGCCCGCAAACCGAAGGAUUCACCCUUCACUGGCGGUCCUGGCGGGAUGAUGGUACUCCCUGUCGGGGGCUUUCCCGGACAGAGGCCGAAGAAGAAGGGGAAGAAGGGCAAGGGGUCCCCAGAGAGCAACGUCCAAGUCAACUUGAUCGUCGACCCGACGAUGUUUGGACGCGACCCAGAACGCGCACAAGACGACGAGGAAGACGAGGAGGAGGACGGCUCUUCAGCGGUCCCUGGCUCGUACUCUGGCGCGUCGAGUGCAGCGCGGAGAAGGGGCCAGCCCAGGAGAAGAGGCAUCUUUGCGGGACUGGCGAUGGAGGAGCAGUGGAAGAGGGCGAGAAAGACACUCAAGUGGGGCGUUACCAUCGAUGCUCUUCUGAUGCUCGUGUGGGGGAUGGAGUUUGUGUUGAUUCUGCUGGGGAAGCGAUGUCCAGUGGGUGGCUAUCUCGGAUGGUGCGAUGCAUACAACAUCGGGACAGCUGCCGCGUGCUUGAUGUGUCUCCUUUUCGGCAUCAGCAUAUUCUUCGACGUGAAGGAUCUCCAUGCUAGUCGGGCAUCUCCCCGCACACGGACAUAGUCUUGGAUAUCGCUGAUCAUAUGGUUCGCUGUUGUUGGUCUGGUUGGACAGUCGUUGUCUCUUCACUCGCAUGGCAGGAGGAGACUGAUGUAUCAUUCUCUAUUGUGCUCUCGGUUGGUAGCUUGGCCGCAUUCCAUAUACUCCGCAACAUCCUGGACGCUCUUUACGACACGCUCAUGACACUGACUUAUUGCUAUCUGGUAGCUCAGAGUAUACUAAUUCCUGUGUACCAUCUCUUCUGAAUAUCGCAUAAAUGGUUCACAUUGGACAUAUGGCAUGACGUGCCUAGAGAAACUG